GAAAGGAAUUUCAACGCGCCCAACGCGCUGUGCGUGGGCAGAAUUGUCGCCGGUCCCGCGCUGGCGUACGGCGUCGCGAGCGGCGCGUCGCCGGAACUCGUGCUCGGCGGCGUCGCGGCGGCGGCGUUUACGGAUUAUUUGGAUGGAUUUCUCGCGAGACGGUGGAAGCAAGGGACGAUUUUGGGGAGUUAUCUCGACCCGAUCGCGGAUAAGGUGUUCGUUGGGUGCGUGGGGACGGCGUUGGCCUUGGAAGGGUCGCUUCCAGUGUGGCUCGUGGGGUUAUUGGUGAGUCGCGACGCGAUUCACGUCGUCGGCGGGGCGUGGCGACGCGCGGGCGCGUUGGGGUGGAAAUGGAAAACCGUGGGAGAGUUUUUAGGAUUUGACGAUAAGCCCCGCGGGGCGCUGAGGCCGCUCUUCAUCGGCAAGGUGAAUACGGCGCUGCAAAUGGCGCUCAUCACGUUCGCCGUGAGCGAACCAGUGUUCGCGGCGCAUGCAGGAUCGCCGAUGAUGGCGCCCGCGCUCGAGCUCGUAGCUGAUAGAACAGUG